UUGCACGUGUUGCAUUUGAAUAAAAGGUGUCCGUAAACAAAAGUGUUUUUUCCGUAAAUUAAAGCAGCUAAGUGCAAAUGAAGUGAUCGGACAUAAAGUCUUAAAUAUAAAAACAUGGCAUCUUUAGCGGAAAAAACAAAAGACACCAAUACAUUUCGAUUCAAAUCUUUCGGAGAUCGGGUUAAUGAGAUUGACCUGCGACACUUGGCCCUCUACCACAUCGGCCACAGGAACGAGGAGCUUGAAGAAGAGGAGAAUGCCACUUACUUCCAACAGACAAUUCAGAAAUGGAACGUACUCAAUCUCACCGAGGAGUACAACUACUUCAGCAAGCGAUGUCGCAAGAUAGUCACUUUACCGCAAUUGUUGCAUCAGAAGGACUUCGUGGUGGAUCUUCUUCUCGAGCGUCUGUCCACCGCCACGAACCUGUCCCAGCAGCCGUUGCUGGAGUUGCUCUACGUCCUGGCCAGGGAUCUUCGCGAAGAGUUCUACCCGUACUUUCAGCGCGUGCUAGACCGUCUGAUCUGCUUGCUGAAUACCCAAGAUGCGGAGCAGCUAGAGUGGACACUUAUCUGUCUGGCGCACCUGUUCAAGACCCUCAAGCCGUAUUUAAAACGAAACAUUGGUGUGGUAUUUAAUGCUAUUCUACCGCUCCUGGAUGAGCAGCACUACGCAGAACAUGUGACUAAUUUUGCUGUAGAAUGUUUUGCAUACAUAGCCCGAGAUGUCCGGGACUUCCCCCGUUUCCUUUCCUAUGUCCUGCAGACUGUGCUGCGGGAGCAGGUGGAAAGCGUUCAUGGUUGCGGCCGGCUCAUAUACGAAAUUCUGCGCGGCGUCAACGGGCAGCUGCACAACUCGGCAUCGGAGAUCUUCGCCCACGUCUUGGAGGUGCUGGUCAACAAGGCUUCGACUCACACAAAAGCCCAGACAGAACUUCUGGGUGAUAUUGUAGAGUAUUCCUUGGGACUAUUGCUCAACUUCCUGCAUUCGGAUCAAAGCAGCAUACUGUGGCAAAAACUAUGUUUAGCUGCUAGCAGUGAUAGUGCCAAUUUACUGAGGCUGAUUGAUCUAAUGCUUCCCCUGGUCACUCACAAAGAUGGACGCUAUGUUUCCGAGCUUCCACUAGUGGUUGCCACUCUGCUGAAGCUAUUGGAGCGGGAUGCGGACUCUCUCCACCCCUUAACAACCUUGAUUACCAGUUUGCUAAAAGCUCAGCAUACUCAACUCACCCAACUGGAUGCCAGUCGUCUGCUGCAGAAACUUCUUAGCAUAACACGUUCACAUGUCUCCGUGUAUGAAGACGCCAUUCUGCAGCUACUGGACUAUCCACAGUUUGAGAUUCUGGUUUUGCCCAAUGUCAUUGGAUACUAUGAGGAGCAGAGGCAAACAAGAGCGCUAGAACUCCUAGCUCGCAUUGUUCAGCAUAAAAGACCACUGCAAGUGGAUGGCAAUUCGCUUGCUCAAUGGGUGGCAUAUCCCAUGCAGCUAAAGCAAAAGGAGACCAUCAAGAUCGUAGAGCAAGAGCUCCUAAAGUUGGACCUAAGUAAAGAGGAUCAUCAUCUUCUUUUAGUCCUGGUACCUAACUUGAGAGGAUUUAACAAACAGCCUUUGGAGGACAUAUUAAAGGCAGUUCUUCAAAAGUUUUUAAAUGAUAACGAAAAGGAUUUUACCCAGCUUCUUUUGAUACUUCAAACUUAUGCCUUGCUCAAGUUUAAGUUGCCAAAUGGUCUAAGAUCUAGUAUUACUGAUUAUCUUAUUCCCGAGCUGGGAAAGGACCUUCGUGCAUUGGCGUGUUUGCAACUAGUCCUUCUUGAAACCCCCAAGAACGAUCUUUCCACUUCGGAAGAAUUACUUUUCUCGAUUUCCAGCCUAUUAAGCCAACCUGUGACGCUAUAUAGACGCUUAGCCGCCCACUGCUUGGAUGUGCUGAACUCUUCGAACAAAUCCAAUCCGUACUCCUACUUUUAUGCCGCAACGUGUAUCGAACCCACUGUACACAACUAUCGUGAGCUGCUCCUCCAGUUACAGCAACUAGAACCAGCAUCUGCUCAGUUUAAACAGUUCUCCCAGUUGCCACAUUUCAAAGAGCACGCUGUAAGCCUGUUGCUCGGAUUGCUCUACAAUAACUUCAAGUUUGUCUGGGCGCCUGUUCAACAGCUCCUGGCUGCAUACGCCAAAACUAUGACAGCAGAUGAGUUCUGGAACCUGUUCAAGGCAAAAUUAGUAGAGACUGUCGCCUGCAUAGAUUACAAAAAGGAGGUUACGAUACUGCAAGAGCCAUAUCAACGGCACUAUCAAUCAGCGGCGUUAACUAUGCUCCUUCCUCUGGCCGGGGAGCAGCAAUUGACUCUUCAGCAGGCCCUCAACUAUCGUCAACUUCUAUGGCAAAGCCUGCCCAAGCUGGGAACUCUUGCAGAAGUGAAGAACGCUGACUUAGUGAGAUUAUUUUUGCAAUUUUUGGAGAAAGAGUACCGGUCUCAGUUGGAGAAAUCGGAACAUACUUGGAACGUGAACGAGGCGACAGCUGUUGAAAUUGAUGCCGAGGACGAUGAUGAAAAUGAAAGCAAGCCAGAACACAGAGGCCGUCAGAAAAGAAGAACACAAAAUGCCCAUACCAAGUUCAUACUACAAACAUUGCAGUUGAAACUGGCCUGUUUUGUCUCUCAGCCAAAUCCCAAAGCUCUGCAUCGGCAGGCGGAAAUGCACGACUUUUAUCUGGAACUUCUAGCUGGUCCGAAUUCCCAGUUGCAGAAGUUGGCCUUGGACUGCCUCGCGGCAUACAAACAACCAGCGGCUCUAGUGCAGCAGAAGGAUCAGCUCUCGGGUCUCAUUGAUGAGGAAAAGUUCAAAACAUCGCUCAGUGGCUUUGAACUGGCCAGCAUUCCAGCACAGCAAAGAUCGGAACUGAUGCCCUUUAUGCUACGUGUGCUUUACGGCAAAAUGUUGACCAAGGGUGUCCAAAAGCAAUUAAGUGCUCAGCUGAGGAAAACUUUGAUUCUUCGUUUUUUGGGCCAACUAGAGGAGUCGGAGAUUAUGGACUUUCUGAAAAUGGCCUUCGGAAGGUUUACUGCCUUCACCGAUAAACCGGUGAACGAAGUUGCUAAAUUUGCUAGAGACUCAUUUGAUCCGUCAGCGGUGAUUGCAGCCAAGCAGCUGCAGAGGAUCGUCAAUCUACUGGAGCUCAUUCGGAAGGAGUUUGCCGGCAAACUAACAGCUGACUUCCAGUGCUAUGUUCUUAAAUUGCUUCUUCUCGUGGGCAGUGUUGCCCAGGAAGUUAUCAAUGGAGAGGGGAAAUUAGUAGCUGCAUACAAGAAUGUGAAGCACUCAGGUCUGCAGACACUGGUGAACUAUUUCGGCCAGCUGGUUGAUAUGGAGGAGCUGUGGCAGGAGACCGAGAUGAAUGCUAUAUGUGAUGUGUACCUUUGGCCAGGUAUCGCUCGGCUCUCGCAGGACUCUAUUCACACACCAACCCCAAUGCUAAAGCUGCUUCUUUUGUGGGGCGCAGAACCACGCUACCAGAAAUGGUUAAAAAAGAGUCCUCCUGACGAUAAGCAACCUAUAAUGGAUCAUCUGAUGGCCUUGUUACUGAACGAUAAAGCCAAACCGAAUGUCAAGCGGUCGCUUCUGCAGGUAGUAGAACACCUAUUGGAAUCGGCUGCAACAGAGGAGUUCGGAACCGAGGCCUUAUCUAUUGUGCAUCCACACAUCCCAACUAUUCUACAACAACUGCAAAACAGUUGGCGCCACAAGAAGGCCGGCAAGCAGACACUUGAUAAGCGAGAACUUAAUAUCCUUACCCUUAUUACAUCGCAUGUGGAGGAGCCAGAUACUUGUGAACUACUCUUACAGGUGCUUCUGCCCAUAUUCACCAAGCAGUCGGCUUCUGCUGGUUCGGAGACAGUCGUUCAGUUAGUCACUACUUUGACCAAUCUACUAAAGCGCGUGCCCAAACCUCAGGAUUAUGUUCGUCCGUUGGCUCCGCUGUUCGAACAGGUCAAUGUGCUGCCUGCGAGAAAACUACUUUGCGAAAUCUUGGCUGAUAUGGCGAAAAGACUUCAUAAGGAGGCGAAACAAAACUCUGAACUAGUCCCCACAGCCGUAUCCUUGCGGGAGUGGGUGAGGAUUAUCCUGCUCUUGAAUGCCUGGGACAAAAGGUGGCUGGAGCAACCGGACUAUGAUAAACGUCUCGAAGGACUUUCGGAGCUUAAGCAGAUGGUGGAGAAAAAAGACAAGAAGAUAGACUUGCAACUUGGAAUUCUAGUGGUCUACAACUGCUUUUAUAUGCUCCGCAACGAUUCGGAUUUGGGAAUGAGAGUAAACAUAGGAGAACUGCUAAAGCCAUUGCUUCCCCUGAUAACUUUGCAACUGGAGGUGAAGGAGGACAUGCAUUUCUGGCUGGAAGAAACGCUGCUUCCCUUACUGCAGCGCUGCAUUAGAGAUGAAAAGCACGAGCACGCCAGAAGCGAGGCCCUCGGCUUACUUGGAGAACUUGCACGACAAUGUCCAGCUGCACACGAGAUCCUGAAGGAUCUCUCACCUCUUACUGAUAAGCACGACCUGGAGGUGGACUUCUUUGAAAACACGCUUCAUUUGCAGACGCAGCGUCACGGCCGAGCCCUGCAGCGACUGGUGAACAUUUCGGGAGGAUCUUGGCGACAGGCUCCGCCUUGCGCCCGUACCCUUACACAAUUCCUGCUACCGCUGGCGACACGUUAUCUGAUGAACGAAAAGCACUCUGGCAAACACACACUCGUGGAUGCCGCCAUCGAAGCAGUGGGAGUCAUGAGUGAGUUCCUACCCUGGACGCAAUACCAUGCAGUACUCCGAUACUAUCUCCAAAAACUAAGACACGCCCAGGGUCAGCAGAAGCAAUGCGUCCGACUAGUAGUACGCAUUCUAGACGCUUUUCACUUUGAUUUGACCCAGGCGCAAACGGAUCUAGCUACGCUUGCCAAGCUCAAGGAAAAACUGUCUGAGGAAGUUGAGGAAAAGGAACCUGCUGAGGAGUCGCAAGAACUUAAGACGGAAGAAGAUGCUGAUGCCGAAGAGAAACCCCUGGGAAAAGAAGAAGAUCAAUCAGACUUUAUUGAUUUUGAAGAAGGAGAAACAACGGAACCGGUGGUGGAACAGCAGCGCACUCAACUGCUAGCGCCCAACGCCGCCAAAAAGGUCAUGGCCACCAUUACCACAGUGUUGCUUCCAACACUUAACCGUUCAAUCACUGAAAAAACUAACUACGACACCAAACACAAGGUAAACCGUCGACGCCUGAGCUACGAACGCGAAGAAGAGGAGAUCCAGCGAGUGCCUAUUGCCCUGGCUAUGGUAAAACUUCUGCAAAAGCUUCCUUUGGAAUUGUUGGAUAACAGUCUGCCUGGAAUCUUCAUGAAGGUGUGUACCUUCCUACGAUCCCCUCUGAAAUCCGUUCGAAUGCUCACCCGUGACAUUCUCAAGAAGAUUAUGAUCACCUUGGGUGGCAGCUACUUGGGAAUGCUGUUAGAGCAGUUGCAAUCUCUACUCACACGAGGAUUCCAGGUGCACGUUCUCUCCGUGACUCUUCAUGGCGUUUUGGAUGCUUUGAAGGGGGAUCUAAAGCCUGACCACAUUGAAAAGUGCCUGCAGAAUCUGCUGGAAGUUGCUCUGAAUGACAUCUUCGGCGAUGUGAGUGCCGAGAAGGAGGUCGACAAAAUUGUGUCACACACGCCAGAAGCCAAGCCGAGUGCAAAAAGUUAUCUCACGCUUCACAUAGCCGCUCGUUACAUUCGAGACAACUGUUUGCUGGAUCUGCUUUUGCCAUUCAAGGAGCAUUUGGCUCGAUCGCACUCCCGUAAAGUUACGCAAAAGAUUCAAGAGUGCUUUGCCAAAAUCGUCGGUGGAUUGGUGGAGAACACACACAUCGCAAGGGAAAGUCUGCUGAUCUUUAUAUACGGCACAAUGUCGGAGAGCAUCAGUGACCUUCUGCCAGGAACCCAGAAACGUCAGCUCACAGAAAAGGAGCAGGCCCUUAUGAAGAGAUCUCGUCCUGAUUGCCUAAUCCUACAACCGGCACCAGGAAGGCGCAGUGUGGCUACAGGCAACAAGCAAGUAAAAUCCAAUGCACAAGCCAAUGCACACAUUCUGGUGGAAUUUGGAUUAGAGCUCCUACAUUUCGUGCUGAAACGAAAAAAGCUAACAGAUCUGGAUUACCAGCCUUUCCUGCACCCCCUCUUACCACUUCUGAAAGAUUCUUUAAGCAGCAAUCAUGCCAGGACCACAACAUAUGCCCUAAAGUGCUACACGGCCAUUUGGUUAGGAGAGUACGAGCUUUCCGAACUUAACACUGAGGCACUUCAACCGGUGGUGGGUUGCAUGUUCCAGAUUCUUAAGAAUUUCUCGACUUUUGGAGCCACCAGGCAAGAGGAGAAUGCCCAGCUGGUCAGAGCAAGCUUCAAAUCAGUGGUGGCACUGCUACGCAAAUGCCAGGAUUACAAACUCAGCAAUGAGCAGAUUGAGCAACUACUGCUACACAUCGAGCAGGAGUUGCAGGAGGGGGAAUGUAGCAGCCAGACCAUGGUGUUUACUCUGCUCAAGGCACUAGUGGGACGAAAGGUGGACAACCGCUCCCUGCACGAUCUGAUGAAGCGUUUAGGAGAUCUUUCGAUAAUUUCUCCAUCAGAUUAUGUUCGAGAUGAAUGUCGUGGCAUUCUGCUCACCUAUAUUAUGGAAUAUACUCUGCGCCAGAAGGUUGAACAGAUGAUCAAGUUCAUGUCGGUUCAGUUGUGCUACAGCCAAACCGCUGGUCGUCAGUCGGCCAUCCAGUUUAUGCACUCCAUCAUCAACAAGUUUCCGCAGCUGAUUCUGGUGAAGCAGUCUGAGUUUCUAUAUCUUUCUCUGGGCACUCGAUUGGUUAACGAUGAAGAUCCAUCGUGCCGUCGUAGCGUCGCCGCUGCUCUGGAAGCUCUGAUAGGUCGUCUCACGAAAUUGGAACGUCAACCCCUUCUGGAUCUCACACUGCUAUUCUUCACAUCGCCACAGUCCAGCCAAAAGCCAGGAGUCCGGGAAAUGGCUGCUGCUCUUCUGUCGAGAUUUGUCCAGGCAGAAAAGGCUGGCUUUGCAGAAAGAUUACCAGUGGUUCUUCCCAUUCUGGUUAAUGUUUUGACUUUGGGAGAUGCCGAUGCGGGCGGAAGAUUCGUGCGGGCUCCAGGACAUAUUUCAGUGGAUUUGGAUGAUACUGAUUUGCAUAAAAAGAAAAAGCGAAAGAAAAUUGAAACCCUUCCUGAUGAAGAAAUUUUGCUGGGUGAACAAGACAAUGAAUCGCGCUUGGAGCGACAUCAGAGGAGAGCAGACCAUCAGUUAAUCCAACUGCAGUACUGCCUGUUGAAGAUUUUCGAGCACUGCGGAGAGACCUUACUCAGCAAUCCUGAACUUUCUGACACUAUCGAUGAACUGGCCUAUGGUUCUCAGCGACUACUGGGACACGAUCAUAACUGGGUUCGAUGCAAUGCAGCCAAAAUUCUGACUCACAUUUUGGCGCACUUCGAUUACGCUUACGUUGGACAACAGCUGUCCGGCAUUAAGAAAGAAGAAGGAACUGAGAAGACCUUGUACUUUAUCUAUGCACAACCGGCAGAUGAUAUCAAAUCUCUGGUGUUGGAUCUGUGCGCCCAGUUCACACCUGGAGAGACUGUGCAGGAAAUGAUCGACGAGUUGUCUAAGAUUUUGUUAUACGUCGGACAGAUGCUGAGGGAUGUUCCGUUCAGUUUGAAGCAGGAGAAGGAUGCUGAGGAGAGUGACCAGAUUAACAAAAUUAAUCUCAAGUGGCUACUCCGAAAUAUUCGUUUCUUAAUCAACAAGGAAUUGGCCAAGGCGCCUCACGAUACCAGUAUGAGGACAGCUAUGUUCACGCUCAUAGAGGCUCUGUGUACACUUCUUAGUGUAGAGUCUGUAUCCCAAUUGGCUCCCUCUCUUCUCCAGGCUCUGGUUCGUGAAAUGUCAGAGGAGGAUCAGAACGUAGACGCAGAACUGCGCCAACAAGCCCUCCGUGUAGGCAGUCGACUAAGGAAACGCAUCGGAGCCGAUGUCUACGACAAGCUCAGGAAUGCGGUGCAGACAAAGUUGAUGGCUCGUCGCGCUGAGAGACGCAAGGUUGUGGCCCAGGAGAAGAUACAUGAUCCGGAACGGGCAGCCAAGCGAAAGGCUGGCAUGCAGGAGCGCAAGAAGGUAGCGAAGCGUCUGAAGGCGGCUGUUGUCCGUGGCAAAGCGCCUGAUCUAAAGCAAAAGCUCAAGAAACGCAAACGGAAAGCAGAGAUGGAUGAAUUUUAAAUAGUUAGUCGGUUGUUUUUUAAUCUAAGUUGUUUAUAAAUAGAACGGAAAUAUACCGGAAACUGUAGCUAAGCAAAAUGUGAAAAAUACAUGCUGUUUUUGCAAUAAUACUUUAA